AUGAAAAAAGAAAUAAAGGACAGAAGAGAGCACUUAGAAAAACACUACACCCUUCUGACGAAAGAGGUCACCGAACAAGGAGAAAACUGGCACAAAGAAGUUAACAUUAUUGUAAAUGAACGGAAAUUUGAAAUUCAAGAAAUGAAAACAAGGCAUUUUGCUGCCUUACAAGAGGAGGAAGAUGAAAUCAAACAGAGCAUUUCAAAAGUAGAUGAGGGCAUACAAACUUUGAAUAAAUUACUAGAUUCCAACGACGUGUCUCAAACCAUGGCUUACAUAUCAAAAAACGCUGAUCUAAGGAAAAUGCCCCCAAGAAAAGGGAUUACUUUACCAAGUUUUACUUCAACUCUUAAGGUCGACAGGGUGCAGCUUCGUCGUAUGUUUGGUUCCUUGUCACCAUUAGCUAUUACAACAGAAGAGAGGGAUGACUUUGAUACACAAACAGCUGGUACAACCGCAACUGUUAAAAGAAUGCUUGAGGAAUCAAAGCUUAUCACCACCACAGAUACUGAAUAUAAAUUUCCUGUAAACCUACAAAGUAUUGCUUGUCUUGACGAAGAAACAUUCUGGGCUGGCGGAAAAGAUAAAUCAAUUAAACUCUAUAAUUUCAAUGGCAAUCUAAUGAAAGCUAUUCAAACCAGAUCAAGUAACCUUCCGGGUGAUAUAGCUGUGACAGGAAUUGGUGAUUUGAUUUAUACAGAUCCAGAUACAAAAACUGUCAACAUAGUAAAGAACGAGCAGAUCCAGGAAGUAAUCAGAUUAAGAGAAUGGAAACCACACAAUGUCUGUAGUACCAUCUCCGGUGACCUCCUCGUUUCCAUGGAAAGUUGUGAUAAAAGACCUUCCAAAAUUGUUCGUUACUCGGAUUUUAAAGAAAAGCAAACCAUUCAAUCUGAUAUUGAUAAUAAACCUUUAUUUUCAACUUAUCAUCUGAAAUACCUUUGUGAGAAUAAAAACCGAGAUAUUUGUGUUUCCGACUUCGGUGGGCGUGUUGUAGUUGUGAUCAAUCAAGCAGGUCGAGUACGAUUUAGAUUCUUUGGUCAUCCUUUUCACGCUAAAGGAUCAUUUCAGCCACUCGGAAUCGCAACGGACUCCAUAAGCCACAUAUUGGUAGCGGAUUACAACAGUCACUCUAUUCAUGUUCUUAACAAAGACGGUGAAUUUCUCUGUUAUAUUAACAGUUGCAAUUUAGACUUUCCCUGGGGUCUAUGUGUUGACAUCAAAGAUAAUCUUUUUGUGGCUGAGUGGCAUAGCGGUCAGGUGAAGAAAAUCAAAUAUUUGUCCGAUAUGUAUCAGCUACGUCAUUAUUGUUUCCUAUGA